AUGCGACACUUGUUGCGGUGUUUGCCAGUUCAACUUUCGCCCAAGUUUUGCCUAAAUGCGAUCCUGUUGAAGGAUUCUUGCACCACCGUCACUGGCCUGGCUCAGUCUGCCUACUCGGUCGACUUUACAAAGGGGUCUGACUUGAAUAACUGGCGCAUUGUCAGCGGCAAUGUCUCAUACACCUCUGCUGGUGCCGAGUUUACUAUCAAUAAGCAGGGUGACGGACCCGGCCUUGAAACGCCCUGGUUCUUUUUGUUCGGUCGUUUGGAAGUGAAACUGAAGGCGGCUUCUGGCGUUGGAAUUGCGUCCACAGUAACUCUUGAGUCCGACGAUUUCGACGAGGUUACCUGGGAAUGGCUUGGUGGCAAGACCUCAGAGGUUUUGACUAGCUACUCCGCGAACAAGGAUGCCAACGCAGCUCACUCCGUCUCCGCACCCCAGAGCACGUCCCACACUUAUGCUAUCGAUUGGUCCAAGGAGGCUAUUUCGUGGUUCAUUGACGGCGCGCUUAUCCGCACCGUUAAUGCUGCAGACGUUUCCCGGGGAGGGAGCUUCCCGCAGACGCCGAUGAGGGUGAGCCUUGAUAUCUGGGCCCCCGGUGACCCGAGGAACAGUCAGGGAAGCAUUGACUUCGCUGGCGGCGUCGUAGACUACAAAAAGGGGCCAUUUACGUUCACGGUCGAGUCUGUGUCGGUUACCAACGCAAACCCGGCGGCCUCGUAUACGUACGGUGAUCAAUAG